AUGCGCCUCAUUAGUCUUGUACUAGUCGCAGUGGUGACUCUAGUCGCAACCAGUGCGACCCCGAUCGGCACCGAGAAGCAGAUUCAAUCCACGGAUGAGCAUCCUGUCAACCUUCGGAGUGUGGAAGAGCGAAAAGGUGGUCGUGGGGGUGGCCGCAGUCGUAGCUGGAGCCAUAGUCGUAGCCGUGGACAUGGCAAAAGUGGAGGUGGUUACUACGUACCAUCGCAUGGUUUCUUCCACCACGAGGAAGAGGACAAGCGACACAAAAGCAAGUUUGACAAGUUUCUCGACGAAUGGUUUUAA